GUUUACCAGCCGAAAUCCCGCCUGUGGUUCCCGUGAGAGGCUGAAGCAACUCCUGAAGUGGUGAGUAACCAGACUCCACGCAGGUCCGCCUUUUGAACUUUUGGUCAAACCAGUUCGACGUCUCUGCUCGGAGAAGGGAAGUGACCAGAUUCAUCAUGAACAUGUUCAGAAGAGAAAAGAGCUCCACCCCGACUGUCCCUCCCCGACCCAGUAAAGAGGAUCUGGACAAUCCCAUCACACACAGCCUGCAGGAACAAAAGGCUGAGGUAAAAAGCAGUGAUGUCACAACAACUGAAGUCAUCUCAAAGCCAAAGAGGACGGGAGUGAUGGGCGUCAUGCAGAAGGUCAACCCCUUCAAGUCGACGUCACAGACGUCUACAAUCACUGCCGCUCCCACGUCAGAGUCACAAGUUCAGAUGGAACCCAGUGACACCACACAGAACCCUGGAAUGUUUAGGGGAGUCAUGCAGAAAGUGAAUCCAUUUAGAACUCACACUCAGAUUAGGGAAGCCGACUCUACAGAGUCUCUGGAACAGGAGAAGACCACAGAAACAAAACAGAACCCUGGCAUGUUGAAAGGGGUCAUGAAUAAAGUGAACCCCUUCAAAUCAUCUGCGCAGGUGCCAAAAAAUGCUCAGGAUAAUCCCGUGGAGCGUGAAGAGGGCCUUGAGGAGGCUGAAGGAAAACAGCGUCCGGGAAUGAUUGCGGGCGUGAUGAACAAAGUGAACCCAUUUAAAUCCUCACAACCAAAGGACACCCGGUCUUUACGCAGUGAUCUCUCCUCCAGCGAAGGAAGCUUGGCUGAAAACAACAACUUGCCGGAAAAACAGAAUCCUGGUAUGCUGAAAGGAAUGAUGCAGAAGGUCAACCCAUUCCGUUCCUCCGCACAGGUGUCAGCGGGGGAAUGUCAGACAGAUUCAGCCCCCUCUAUGUCAGUUUCCUCCACGCAGGAGAGCUUGUCCGUUCACAGUGGUCACUCGUCCAGCGCUGAAAGUUUAGAAGACGGCAAGAUAGAGAGACACACCGUCUGGUAUAUCGACACGGAGAGUGAGGAGGCCAAACCACUCAAACAGGCUCCACCUAAAAGAACGAUGACAUUUCGGAUUAAACGCAUCCUGCCAAGUGCACUUUUUGGUGCUGGCACUAAGAGUGCAACAGAAAAUGCGAAAGUACAGCAGGAGACGGUUGAGGUUCAGACACUGGAGUUUGCUGAAGUGCCUGUGCCGAGUGAAGGAGCAGUCCUGGACCCUCUAGAUGAUGAAGACGGCCUGCUGUCAUGGUGGAGGACAGUAGAGGGUUGGGAGGAGUGGAACGAAGCAAACCAGAAUGAGGACACUGAAGAUGUGGUGGAAGAAGCUGCUGAUCGUGUCUUCAUGGCGGCUCGUCUCUUUGUCCGCCUGUUCAACCAGCGUGGCGCUUCACUCCAGCAGCGCAUCCUUGAGCUUCUGUCCCUGGCUGAUGCGGCGGAUUGUUUCCAUAAGAAGACGGUGACCGCGAGCGUCGGCGGGGGAGUUGCCAGUGUGGCAGGCUCAGUGACCACCAUCACUGGUCUCAUCCUGGCUCCCUUCACAGCCGGAACCUCACUGAUCGUCACAGCCGUUGGUAUCGGGGUGGCCACUGCUGGGGGUCUGGCAUCGGCGUCCGCCAACAUCACAGACACGGUGCACUCGAAAACCGACAGAAAGAAGGUGGAGAAAAUGAUCCAGGACUACCAAGAGGAGAUCAUGGACAUCAAGAACUGCCUGGAGUUUUUGCAGGAAGGUAUGGAGACUCUAGAAGAGUGGAACUUUGAAAAAUAUGCUGAGAGCAUCGCGAAGAAACACCUCAACCAGAACGUCAAACAUGUCAUGAAGGAAGGCGGCCGUGCGGGCAAGGCGUUAGUGAUCAACACGGAGAGUCUGAUCAGCACCGUCCAGGUCCUCAGUGUCGCAGGUGGAGCUGCCAAAGCCGCCCAGGUCAUGAGUGUCACCACUGGGGUCAUGUCCGGCCUCUUCCUCGCUCUGGACAUCUUCUUCUUGGCAAAAGACUCCGUGGAGUUGAAAAAGGGAGCGAAGACGGAGUUUGCCACGAAGAUCAGGGAAGUUUGCAAAGACCUGCAGGAUGGGCUGCUGGAGCUGAACCGCAUUAAAGAGCAGCUGCAGAAAACAAUGGAUGGCAUCGAGGUGGAGGUGGAGGAGGAAGAGGUGGAUGAAGAACAACUGAAGAGUGACCUGAAGAAACUAAUUGAACUUGAGGAGGAAUGAAGGAAAUAGGUCUGUCAACAUCGGUGCCUUGGUUCUGGGGAUUACACAGGGAAGUGUAUCAUGAAGCUUUCUUUUUUACUUGUACUGUUUGAAAUAUUAGUCUCAGGAAGGAAUGUAUUUUAAUGCAGAUUUUCUAUUUUAAGUAUUUAUUGUACUUGAUUUUAACAGCCCUGGUUGUAGCUUCAUUGUUUCUUUAAUA